AUGGAGCUGUCUCGUUCAGAAUAUCCGGGUAUCGUGGUUGGUACCCCCCCCCUUGGCGUCUCUGUUUUCUCACAGGGUACGGCGAAAUUUUACAUAACGCAGCUCCCCAUUGCCCACCGGCAGCGCCACCCCGUCGUGUUUCACAUUCACUUUACUGACCAGAGAUUGUUUCUCUCGGAAUAGGGCUCUGUUCAACCUACCCCGGCGGUCAAGAUCCUGAGGGAUCGCCUGCACCGAGUCCAGGUUCUAAACACAGAAAUCGCGGAUUGGCUUCAGGUACAUUAUUAUCUUUCCACUUCGCCUUUAAAACCACUAUACGGGCUUUCCCGGGUGUGGGGAUUCCAUGUUUACAUUAUUCCAAUAGGAGCGACGGCGAAUCGAGGAGUUGUACGUUCAAGGCUUGAAUAAGCUAGCUAAAAGAACGCUAUCGGGCGAUGGGUCAGAUUUGGGGUAAGACAUCACCACCAAUGGCAUGCUAAUUGACUUCAACUCCUCAUGUUUCCUCACUUUUAGGGUAUUUCAAGGUCCAUGGACUCGAAUCGUACAAUCCACGCAUACCGUCGCAUCCUCACGCCAGGAGUUUGCCCAGAAGAUCGAAGCCGAGGUCGAACGCCCGCUACGCGACUUUACGGUACGAAAUCAGGAAUGGGCUGCAAUGAAAAAUUUAGAGGUGAAUAUGGCCGCUGUAGCAAAAGCGGUCGAUUCAGCAGAGGAGAAGGUCGAGAAACUGAAGAAACGGGGUCCAAAAGCAAAGGCGCAUCAAGUUGCCGAGGCAGCUUCAACGGCCUCCAAUGCACUGGCCGAAUGGGACAGUCAGGCGCCGUUUGUGUUUGAGAAAUUCCAGGCUGCGGACGAGAGUCGGGUCAAUCAACUCCGGGAUGUUUUGACAACUUGGCAAACGUUGGAGGUGGAUCAAUCACAGCGGAUCAUGCAGUCUGCGGAAUCCACUCUGAACGUCAUAUUGGAUAUCAGUACGGAGGAGGAGAUGAGGGGAUUCGCGAAUAAGGCUACUAUUGGGAAGCAAAGGAUUGAGAGGGAGAGAAGUCGAACGGCUGGUAGCGGCGCAGCAACGGGUAUGCCGUCCUCAACUCCAUCUAUUGUUACGGAUGACUCUGUCAGUGUACAGUCCUCCGGCUCCGGUGGAGGUUCAGGGGGAGGUUCGUACAGGGGUCCUCUCGUCUCAAUCGGGUUUUGGUAUAGCAACGUGCUAACGUUGUGAAGCUUCUGGGGGAGGCGGUCUGGGGCUUAAGCGGCUUGGGACCGUGUUUAGAGGGCGUAACCGGAAUAGCUCGGUACCUCACUUUCAUAGGUCGGCAUCUCCCGAUAAACGAUCUUCAGAGAAGCUAGGGAGCAGUAAGCCCCACCCCCCUCUGCCCUCUUCCCCAACGCCCACAAACAAUGGUCUUGGUCGGUCUGGAGGAGAGAAAAGCUCCUUGGCCGUACCGUCAGGAGGGUCGCCUCCUAGAUCAUUAACGGAACGGAUCAUACCACCUUCGCCAACGCAGAACGGAGAUGCCCACCCUCCGCCUUCCCCUACGGUCCCGACUGCAGGCCCCUCACAGACACUUCCUACGCCGUCCGUGUUAGUAACAUCAGAAGAGGUGGGUUUUGCAUUGUGGUAAUGUAAUUAUUCGCUGACAAUUUGCAGCCACAGAUGGAUGCCGAAGGGUACACCAUUCCCCCACCAGUGCAUGAUCUUGGUGGAGCGGCGUUACCGGGCGAUGAAACCGCAGAGUAAGAUUCAUUCUGGGUUGAGUUCACGCCCCAGGCUAACGGAGAAUUAGUGAGCCAUCCCAACUUCAGUUCAAGGUCGAGAUUAAAAACGACAUUAUUCAAGAGGAAGAAGGGGAAGCAGAUGCCGCGCUUUCUAAAGUAGCGACAACCCUACGAGCGGUAUGCGCUUCUGACGUGGUCAUUAAGUAUCUCUUGCUGACAUUUUUCGUUAGCAAAACACUGUUUCUAGGAGGAACAGAGGGCGGCGGGAUGCUCGCGAUGUUAGGAACACCAUGUUUAUCCCGAACCCGACACCUGAGCCAGUAGAGGGGCUUCCCUCAUCGCCACCCCUUACCCCAAUAAAGUUCACACCCAAGAGUUCGGCUGUGGCGUCCGAGGCCGGAUCUGAUACUCAGUCAAUCAGAUCCUCGCGGUCCGUCACUAGCCUUGCUAGCUCGCCGAUCAGACAUCCGGAAUUGGUGGAAACGGGUCUAUCUGCUUCGUUAAUCGAAUCUGUCAGCAUGUCGUUCGAGGCUGGGGCGCCGACAAAGACACUGAUCACUGGGGAAAUAGCCGUGGCUUACAAUCCUACCGAGCUAGUAUCCCCAGACCAGCCGCCCCCUGUAGAGCUCGUGCGCAUGGACAACUUCUCCGUUCUAGAGAAAGUGGCGCCGAACCCUGCCUUCAUCUCAUCAGUCCCGGACCAUGCAGGGGAGUACACAAUGUCACUAGCAAACAUCCACAAAACCUCCGUAGCCUUCAAAUACCAAGUGCACAUCGACGAGGCCAACGUCGCCGCCUUCGCGCCCAUAAUCGCAACACCCGUCUGGCGCCUAGAGCCGCACCAGUCCUCCGUCAUCAUCCACUGGAAACCAAACACGAGCUUCCGCCGUCUGAACGGCGCUACGGGGCCCUUCACUAUGAAGAACGUUAUAUUCACCGCCGGGAUUGAGGGUGCACCGGCGACCACCUGCCAGAGCAAGCCCGCCGGAACAUUCUCCCGCGAGAGAGGCCGCCUGGCGUGGAAACUCGGGGACGUCCUCGUGGACCCGGCAGCCAGCGACGAAGGUGCCAAGAAGCUUGUUGCAAGGUUCUUGACGGAGGGCCAGGCAAGGGCUACACCCGUGGACAUGCGGUGGGAGAUUUGCGGCGAUGAUGCAAACACCGCUGGUAGCGGGCUGACUUUGUCAUCCUUUGAGAAGCCCGAGAAGCCGGAGAUCGCGGCGGUGGAGGCUGAAGAGGCGGACCCGUUCGCCGAUGAGGGCGGGGAGGCUAAGAGCGUUGCGGGCGCGGAUGAGGAGGGGAUAUGGAAGGCGGUGAAUACGGCGAGGAAAGUAAUGGGGGGAAAAUACGUCGCCGUUUAA